AUGAAUGUGUUGAUUUACAAUGGUAGCGGCACUUCACCUAAUGCUGUCAAACAAGCCUAUGUCACACUCAAGUCAAUCCUUGGUCAUGCUUAUGAUGUCAUGAAAGUGGAUGCUGCUACACUCAAGACAGAACCUUGGGAAUCCACUUGCUCACUUGUCGUGGUGCCAGGUGGACGCGAUACACCUUAUUGCCAGGAUAUGCAUGGUCCAGUCAACGCCAGGAUUAAGGCUUAUGUUGAAUCAGGAGGUCGAUAUUUAGGACUGUGUGCAGGGGCUUAUUAUGCUUCUGCCAAUAUUGAAUUUGAAAAGGGUUCACCGCUUGAAGUGGUGGGUUCGCGUGAAUUGGGAUUCUUUCCUGGUACGUGUCGUGGUACGGUUUAUCCAGGGUUUGUGUAUAAUAGUGAAAAGGGUGCCAGAGCUGUGGCUAUCAACAUCAAUGGCAAGACCAUCCAAUCGUAUUAUAAUGGUGGAGGAUAUUUUGUGGAUGCAGCCCAGAUGGAUCAAGUCAAAACAAUCUGUACCUAUCAAGACAAACAAGAAGCAGCAGGAGUUCAGUGUCAAAUAGGUAAGGGACAUGCUUUACUGUUUGGCAUUCAUCCCGAAUACAAUAUCAAUUUGGUGGAUUUAAGUGAUAAUGACAACAAGGAAGAAAUCACAAAGGAGUUAAAAGCAUCGUUGCCUCUUUGUCAAGAGUUUCUAAGACAGUCGCUGGCUAACCUUGGACUCAAUGUUCAAAAAGAAAACACUGUGCUAGAACUAACUCCUUUAUAUCUCUCCACUAUCUCUGGCCAUCUAUUAAAAGCCAUCACACAAAAACUAUCCCAAAAUCUCGAUACAAACGCGGCCUUUGUUGAUUCGAAUGAUACGUUUUAUGUCUCUGAAAUCAGUCAAGAGGCUAUUCAUGGAUUGCCUGACAUGUUGGAGAAAAUGUCCUUGGUCAAACAGUCAGAAGAUAAACCACCUGUGUUAAAAAUCUUGUACCCUUUUUUGAUGUCAGAUGAAAAAACCAUACAUGUACCUGAAAAGGCAUUGACGCCUAUGUUUGAUAUAAAAGCCUACUUUGAAGCAUUGCUAGCACGCAGACAGCAAGAAUGGGGUGGGGGAGCGUGGUAUAGAUUUGGUAAUGCCAUGUUGUAUUCUCAAGUGAUAACCAGCACACAAACUGUUCUAGACAAAAACUAUAAUUUUGCACAGUGUUUACCUAGUGGCCUUGUCUGCUUGGCCACAAAUCAAAUUGCCGGCAGAGGUAAAGGCAGAAACUCAUGGGUAUCACAAGCAGGUGCUCUUCAAUUUAGUUUCGUAGUUCGUCAUUCUGUCAAACUAUCCAAUGCACCUGUCGUUUUCAUUCAAUACUUGAUCGCAUUAGCUAUUGUUGAAAGUAUUCGUACACUCCCAGGUUAUGAAGAUGUGCCCCUUCGAUUAAAGUGGCCCAACGAUAUUUACGCAGAUAUGCCAGCAGGCCUCUUGAAAGUAGGCGGUCUUUUGGUCAAUUCUAGUUUUGUUCGAGAUGAGUUCUUGCUGGUGAUUGGAUGUGGUAUCAAUCUGAAUAAUCCUCAUCCUACAGUGUCAAUUAACGAUGUGAUUCAACAACACAAUCCAAAGCUAGAGCGACUGGGAAGAGAGCAAGUGCUGGCACACGCAUUAGUCACAUUUGAAAAAUACUACAUGGAAUUAUGUGAAAAGGGAAUGGGAUCAUGGUUUUUGGAUAAAUACUAUAAGAGAUGGCUUCAUAGUGAUAAACUAGUGACACUCACUACACAUAAUGAUGAAAAGGCAAGAAUUGUAGGCAUUACAAGUGAUUAUGGAAUGCUGGAGGCUGUCAGUGUAAAUGAUCCUCGUAAACGCUUCACACUUCAACCCGAUGGAAACAGCUUUGAUAUGCUUAAAGGCUUAAUAAUCAAAAAGACAUAA